UAUAAACUCAUACGUUGCAUCCAAUCUGAGUCGAAUAUGCUGCCGUGUCGAGUAUUUGUCGUGGCUGUAUAGUCGUGCGCGGGACUCGGACGGCGAGUGAGUCAGACUCGGGAAGGAUAUUUUGCCUCCCACCGCUGUUACGAGACGGGGCAAACAGAAAUGGCCUGGCCGAAUUCAGCGGGAUCUUGGAGCGUCUUUCUUGCUAGUGUAGCGACAUUCAUCAGCCUAGCGGCGGGCGACGGGACUUGCGAAAUAAGCGGCGGAUACGACUACAAGAGGUUGUUUACGACUGCGUGGCACGUGGACGUCAAAGGCAGCGCCCCCUGCGUCACGAUGGGAGCCCAAAGCUGCUUUUGGACCCUGAGUUUCUGUGGCGAUGGGAAGGAGCAGCAGUGCGGCAAAGACAAAGCGUGCGAAUGGCUGAAUACCACCGCGGCCAAGCCCAUGGGCCAGUUCACGACCCUGCAGGCAAACGGUCAGAACAGCUUCGUGGUGAAAUUCCAAGAGGCAGGAGGCAGCCUGCUGAAGUGCAGCGAUCCGUCCAAGACACUCAGGACGAACGUGAUAUUCACCUGUGACCACGACAAGCCCAUUCCUAUCGGACCUGGGUCCCUGGUCACGAAGCUCCCGUACAACAACAUUGACGAACGAGAUCCGUGUGAGCGCAACGUGACCGUGCCGUACGACGGAGCAUGCGGCAGCGCGCCGGCCACAUCGUCGGGAGGUCUCAGCACUGGAUCCAUACUGCUCAUCCUGUUCUUUGUGGGCCUGCUGAUCUACAUCGUGGGAGGCAUCUUGGUCAACCGAAACAACGGCGCUCAAGGGGUGGAGAUGAUACCGCACCUGCAGUUCUGGAAGGAGCUGCCUUCGCUCAUAGUGGAGGGAUGCGUUUUCUUCGUCCAGCUGAUCACCUGCCAAAGCGGACGCUCGGAUAGGACAUAUGACAACAUCUGAAGACGCGAUGUCACCCAUUCCUUCCUACCAUAUAUCAUCGUUCUCAAAAGUGUCUGCACUCCCCAUUGCGUUCACUUGGGGUUUACUGACUUUGGUAAAAAUGAUCGACUGAAAACGACUGGCUCACUGGCUUGCUGUCCGUAAGCCGUUUCACGAAUAACAAAAAGAAAACUGAUACUGAUGGGGAGUAGCCAAAAUGUAAACCUGUCCAGUUUUCACUUGGAAGACGUCAUUAGUAUGGCCCUGGACCGCAUGGUGAUAUCGUCUUCUUGCAGGCGAAUACGUGUCAUAAACGCUUAACAACUUUAACAUUGUUGUUGUUGACCGGGGAGUCGGGAUCGUGCGCGGGUUAGGACAGUGUAAGGGGCAAAAUUGUUCCCACUCCCGCCACUACACCGAACUCCUGUGGUAUCUUCACGGCGCUGGUAGCAGACAUCUUCGGCUGCAUAGUACAUCAGAAGCCUCCUAACUAGAUCUUCGGCCGAACACACGGCGCGUUAUAAUGAGCCACCUGCAAACAGCACAACUGUGGCGUAAAUAUACCUGCGGCAUUGCCUGAAAGCACCAACUCGGCUCCAUCCCGCGCAAUAUUGAGACAAAAUUACCAUAACAGCCCACUGACCUGAGCACGCAGUCUUAAAUAUCGCAGCACUACUCAGAUAAAAAGAAGAUAAUCCGCGGAGUGUGUGGCAUCUCUCUUGUUUUUCGUUUGUGACGCAAAGCAUGAAUCUCCUACAUGUUUGAGAGGUGAAACCUGUGAUAGGAUGCCGAACAACAACAAAAAAAUGUGCAGUAGGAGAUGUCCGUCUUGUGCAGUUGGUUUUGUGAUCAUUGCGAGCAUAUUGUUCUAAAGAAACAUGUAUGCAGCCUGCCGGCUCAGCAGAAAUAAAGGUGAUCGUUCAUUUGU